AUGAAAAAAGUGUUUUGGCGGAGUGCCUCUUGCAGUCUGCCGUACUCACCCCCCCUCCACCCGCAUCCGCAUCCGCACCCGCACACGCACCCGCACCCACGCCACCUGAACAAUUCUCGUACACAUCAGAAGCACCAGAAGAAGUACCAGAAGCCUUACCAGCGUCAGCAGCAGCAGGGCCACUACCUCCAACACCAACACCACGCCCACUCCCCGUACCCAGCCGGCCAGGCCAGCCACCAGCACCACCACCAUAAUCACCAGGCUCCGCUGCCUCCGUCCAUCCCAGUCUCGGUCUCAGUCCCAGCACCACCAACAACAGCACCACCAGCACAAACACAUCCAGAGCCUGCGCCAGAGCCAGACGUUGUUGCGCCUGGGCCACCAGAGCCAGUGACUCGGCCGCUGCCACACCUGUUCCCUCCCACUGGCCCUCCUCCCAUUACUAGUCGACCCGAGAAAUUCGUCGACGAACCUCUUCACCAUUACCCUCACGACUCCGUCGCAGCUCACGCUUCACGGUCGCCCAUGGAUGUCGAUAUGUCGUCGACCGACCUUUCGGCUCAGCAGCAGCAACAGCAGCAGCAGCUAAACCAGCAACAAUCACCACAAAAAUCAGAGUCGCCAUCACAGGCCCCAGGAACCUCUACCAAUCCAGCUGGCGCGAGUCCCAACGCUCAAGGUAGCUCUGCUGCUGCUGCCGCCGCGGCCGCGGCCGCCGCGAACCACUUGAGUUUUCGCAGGCAACGAGCUUCUAGAGCUUGCGAGACAUGUCACGCCCGCAAGGUACGAUGCGACGCCGCGAGUCUCGGUGUGCCCUGCACAAACUGCGUAGCCUUCCAAAUAGAAUGUCGCAUUCCGACCCCAAAGCGCAAGAAGACUACGAAUGCCAGAACGAACAAGGACUCGGACAGGUCUGCCUCAGCUUCGCCGUUUCCACAUGCUCCCAGUCAUGGGCUAACUGAGGUGUGCUCCAGCGAGAAAGGAGAUAAUGCUGAAGAGCGUUCACCGAGAGCUCCCAGUGUUCCUGCGCCAGGACCUGGGACCUUCCCGCCGCGGACUCCUGCUGUCUAUCACACCACAGAUGGCACGCCGUCGUCCACCUAUACCGAGUCGCAAGCCCGAAAGGAGGAAGUCGAUAGUGGCACUUAUCUCAACCUGGUGAUGAAACCAAAGUUCACGAGAGCCCCUAUAACGGAUGCUGGCAGGGUCGCGUACCUCGGAGAGUCGUCCAAUUUGACGUUGCUUGUACACGAUCGACAAGGCUCCUCAGACGUAGUGCACUAUCCUCUACCCGAAAAUGUGAGGGGUUCCAGGGCCCGAUUGACCGAGCUGGACAACGUCGAAAUCGAUAUCCUGCACCAACGCGGCGCCUUCCUUCUACCGCCCAGAUCUUUAUGCGACGAGCUUAUCGACUCCUACUUCAAAUGGAUCCAUCCGAUCGUUCCGGUCAUCAACCGUACCCGCUUCAUGCGACAGUAUCGCGACCCCAAGAACCCGCCGUCCCUUUUAUUACUGCAGGCUGUGCUGCUGGCCGGCUCAAGAGUCUGCACGAAUCCACAGCUGAUGGAUGCCAAUGGUUCGACGACGCCCGCUGCCCUGACCUUCUACAAAAGGGCAAAGGCGCUCUACGAUGCCAACUACGAAGACGAUCGGGUGACCAUUGUGCAGUCAUUAUUGUUGAUGGGGUGGUACUGGGAAGGACCUGAAGAUGUCACCAAGAACGUUUUUUAUUGGAGUCGAGUCGCCACCAUCGUUGCUCAGGGUUCUGGAAUGCAUCGAAGUGUUGAGCAGUCACAACUCAGCCGCUCCGACAAGAGGCUGUGGAAACGAAUCUGGUGGACUCUCUUUACACGAGACAGGUCUGUUGCCGUUGCUCUCGGCCGACCAGUUCACAUCAACCUCGACGACUCCGACGUCGAGAUGCUCACUGAGGAUGACUUUAUCGAGGAUGAUGGCGACCGUAACAGCGAGUACCCUCCAGAUCCCAUACACGUGCAGUUCUUCAUGCAGUACGUCAAGCUUUGCGAAAUCAUGGGCCUGGUGCUGUCUCAGCAGUACUCGGUAGCCUCCAAAGGACGACAGAGAAACGCCAUCGACUUGACCCAUAGCGAUAUGGCUCUCGCCGAUUGGCUCCAAAAUUGCCCAAAGAUCGUGUACUGGGAGGUUGCUCGGCAUCACUUUUGGUCAGCCCUGCUACACUCGAAUUACUACACAACACUGUGCCUCUUACACAGAGCUCACAUGCCGCCAAAUGGAGGCAGUCGUUUCCCUGACGAUUCUCCAUAUCCUUCACGAAACAUUGCGUUCCAAGCCGCGGCUAUGAUCACCUCUAUCAUCGAGAACUUGGCAGCUCAUGGCGAACUUCGAUUCUGUCCGGCAUUUGUUGUGUACAGCUUGUUUUCGGCCCUGAUCAUGCACGUCUACCAAAUGCGGUCGCCGGUCCCAUCGAUUCAGCAGGUAACCCAGGACAGGUUAAGAACAUGCAUGCAGGCCCUCAAGGAAGUGUCGCGAGUUUGGCUGGUAGGAAAGAUGGUGUAUACCUUAUUUGAGUCCAUCAUAGGAAACAAAGUGCUCGAGGAACGGCUGCAGAAGGCUGCGGGUAAGAGGCACAGGAAAGCGCAACAGGCGUUGGCACAGCUGGAGCAGCAACAGCGGCCGCAGGACGUUGCCAAGAGGAAGUACGACGACAUGGCGAUCGACUUCAGCGUCAAUACUCCAACGCCUCAAGAGUCUUAUGAAAGAUCGCGUCCGCAGACCCCUAGCCAUAUGAAGGGCGACGGAGGUUCAAAUCAGCAGACGAUGCCGCCUCCGAUCACAUCACCCAAUGCGAGACAGAACGCAGACACGUUCAUGGGCGGAACCUCCUCUAGGCCACAGACCAGACCAGCGACGCCCUUCAACCCUUCAUUCUCGGUGCCGGCCACACCGCCAGACCUGUAUCUUGUUACACGUAACUCGCCGAAUAUUUCUCAGUCCUUGUGGGAAAACUUCCAACCCGACCAGCUUUUCCCAGACAGCGCAAGAUCAGCUCAAGGGCAACCUGUUCCAAACACGCUCAAUGUUGAAGAUUGGUUCCAAUUCUUUGGUAUCAAUAACGGUGACCUGGCUAGCAUGAAUCUUGAUUUGGGGUUAGGACCCCAGUAG